ACUCCAGUGACACAGAAGAGGAAGAGCGAGAAAUCAAACCAGCCUCACCUCACAUGCAUUUUCCUCGCUCAGAGCGCUCCCUCUGCACAAUUAUUGCGUGUUCCAUAAUCCGCUCUUCUCUUUCAGCAACUCCAUCCCCACUCCUCUAACCCUCUCUCUCAUAAUGGUCCUCGUCCAUAACCAGAACCCUUCAAACUCUGAACCACAACCUCCUCCUCCUCCUCUUGCUUCUCUCUCCAAUGGUGACCCUUUGGAUUGCACCGAGACGCCGCGGUUCAGUGAAGACCUGGACUCUUCCUGCUCUACUCCCUAUGUCAGUGCACCUUCGAGCCCUGGCCGUGGCCCUACUGUUGGGUACUUCUACAGUGCACCAGCCAGUCCCAUGCACUUCAUGCUUCCAUCAUCUGCUGCGUCCGCCGUGGCACCUCACUCAUCCGAGUCGUCGUUGAUGUCGUCUGAGUGUGAUACGGCGUCCUUCGAGUUCUCCUCUCGGUUCUCCAGCAGUGGCUCUGUGAUUGGAUCCAUGAGUUCUGCAGACGAGUUGUUCUUGAACGGCAAGAUUAGGCCGAUGAAGCUUUCUUCUCACUUGCAGAAACCGCAAAUCUUGGCUCCUCUGUUAGAUCUAGAUGUGGAAGACGAAGAGGUCGAGAACCAAAACCGUGAGCAUUUGGAGAAGCGAGAAAGCUGUAGAGGUAGAGAUCUGAAGCUCCGAAGCAGAUCACUUCACCGAAAGGCGAGAUCUCUGUCGCCGCUUCGGAGUCCGGAUUUUCAGUGGCGCGAAAAAGACGGAAACGUAGACCGAGGAGUUGGCGAGGGCAUUUUGGAGAGUUUGCAAGAUUACGACAAGAGGAAAGCUGUUUCGACCGAAACGACGCCGUCGUGCUCUGCAUCGUCUUCAAGAUCCUCCUCUUCUUCUGGAAGGAACUCAAAGAAAUGGAUAUUCCUGAAGGACCUGUUGUACAGAAGUAAAAGCGAAGGACGAGGAAAUGGGAAAGAAAAGUUCUGGUCAUCGAUUUCUUUCUCUCCUUCUAAAGAUAGAAAACUGAUUCCACCUUCCUUGAAUCCUUUGAAAGAAAACAAACCGGCAGCUUCUUCUGCUCCUAAUGCUACGGAAUCGCAAAAGAAGAAGCAGAAACAGAAGAAAAGCAGACAAACUUCUGGGAAGAAAGUCGCCUCUGGGAAACCAGCUAAUGGGGUGGCAAAACGACGAGUGCCUCCAUCGGCACACGAGCUGCACUACACGGCUAACAGGGCACAAGCUGAAGAGAUGAAGAAGAGAACCUACUUGCCGUACCGGCAAGGACUCUUUGGUUGCUUAGGAUUCACCUCGAAAGGGUAUGGUGCACUUAAUGGAUUAGCUAGGACAUUAAAUCCGGUAUCAUCCAGGUAGAAACGAAGUACGAUAUCGUUCAGAGGUUUUGCUGUAUAUAGUUCUUAAUUCCUUCUCCAUUUUGGGUUUUUAAGAUUAAAUUAGAUAAUACAGACUCUGUAUUUUUGUUGAAUUUAGGUGCUCUGAUGUUUCUGUAAUUUAUGAAAGUUCUGUUUGAAUUACCAUUGUUGACAAUAAUCUGCAAAUCACCUCUGCCCUGAAACAGAGGUCUAAGUUAUUUGAAAGUCCUCGCACUGUUACUGAUUAAGUAGUUCUGAUGAUUUAACAAAAUUUAUUGACACAA